UGCUUCACAGUUCGCACAGCACACACCACAUCACACCGCGCUCACUCCCCCAACCCUAAUCCCCUUUCGUCUCCACCCCCGGCGGCCGCCCGCCAUGGCCGAGCCAGCGCGGCACCUCGCCGACGAGAUCCUGGAGGAGAUCUUCAUUCGCCUGCCCACGCCGGCCGCGCUCGCCAGCGCCUCCACCGCCAGCCCCCGUUUCCGCCGCAUCAUCACCGAGCGCCCCUUCCUCCGCCGCCUCCGCGCUCUCCAUCCGCCGCCACUCCUGGGAUUCGCCGUCGACAGACGCGCCUUCCACCACGCCCAGGAACCUCAUCCCUCCGCCCCGCUUGCCCGUGCCCUCGCCGACGGCGCGGAUUUCUCCUACUCCUUCGUUCCCAUGCCCCAGCCUAAGCCCAAUCAGGAGUUGCUCAGCCCCUGGUACCACCGUGACAUCCGCGACGGCCGCGUCCUCCUCGAGCACAGCUACAUGUUCGACAUGGGUGCUGCAGGCUUCCCAAACCUCGCGGUGUGCGAUCCCGUGUCACGGAGGUACGUGCUGCUCCCGUCCAUACCUGAGGAAAUGGCCGUCCAGCAAGAGCGCCUUGUCGAAUUCGGGCCCAUGCUUGGUCCCGCUGGCGACGAUGAGGAUGAGACCUCGUUCUCGGUGAUCUGCACGGCGUGCUACAACAGCAAGUUGGUCACAUUUGUCUUCUCUUCGGCCACCGGACAAUGGUGUGUAGCUGCAUCUCAGCUGGAGCUCUUUGGGCACAGCUGAGCCCACUUGGAAAGGCAUUUCCAGCUUCAGCUACUUGCGUGGCUGCUUCUACUGGGGAGCUCUCUGGCAAGACAAGUUUCUCGUGCUGGACACACGCACAAUGGAAUUUUCCACACUGAACAUUCUCACAGGUUACCAUAUCCAGCUUCUAAAUCAGCUUGGCCAGGGCCCAUGCUGGUCGACCACUGCUGGUGGUACAGAAGGAGCGCUUGAGAUGUUUACUCCUGUCGGCGAUUACCGUUCUACCUCGCUGCAUCAUACCACUCAGCAAAACAACGGCAAAUCAUCCAACGAGUGGAAGCUAAAAAAUGUCAUAGCGUUGCCUCCCGGAUCUCUCUAUUUUACUGUGGGUGCGACCGAGGGAUUCUUAUUCCUUCGAGGAACUCAGUUGGUUGGUAGUUCAUAUGGGUUGUUGCCCCAGCAUAACAAUGUUGAUUUUUAUUCUCUGGAUGUCAAGACUUCAGAACUUAAGAAGGUCUGCAGGGCAACAACACACUUUGAUCGUCCCAAUGUUGUUCACUCAUACUUUGGCUUCCCACCAUCAUUGUCCAAACCGAGUCUAUGAACUACAAAUUAAGCGGUUACAUCAUGGUGACUGAAAUGAAGAAAUGUGUUGUUGGGUGUAGGCUCUUCUAUUUUGUUUGUUCGAGGCGGAGAUUGACUCAAGGUUACAUUCUGGCGACUGAAAUGAAGAAAUGUGUUGUUGGGUGUAGGCUCUUCUAUUUUGUAUGCUCGGGCUGGAGAUUGACUAGCAUGCACCGGUCAGCUGUGAAGCGCACUUGUAGGAAUUAGAUGCUCUAUCCGUCAACUUCCGUCUAUCGUCUGAUUUCCAUGGGCACCCGUGAACUGGCAUGAAGGUUGAAUGCACAUUGACGUGCUCCCAAAAUCAGUACUGUACUUGUGGUUCCUGUAAUUUGCUGAUUUCUAAGCAGGCUCACAUGUGAACUCAUCCUGCUUGCAUAUUUGUGCGCAAGCGUGCGUGCGCUUGAUUAUCUUGUGUGUUGCAUCAAUCAGUUGGUUCCGCCGCUAUUUUUGCUUGUGUUCCAUGAUGCAACAUUGUGGUUCUGAGCUCAGUCUUUUGAAAGCCUGUUCUGGUUAAUGAAUGUUGAACCGCUUCAGUAUUUAACGAGGCAGCUCCCGCUUGUUGAACUGCACCUGCAUAAAUAGCAAUAAUAGCAUGGAUUUCGCGUCCACAUCGUUGACUGCCUUUGCUUUAAGUUUCUUAAACUUUUUUUUACUCCGGAGGUGUUUACGAAGAAACACUUUG